AUGAGUCUCCAGGGGUUGUUCCACUCCCCCUUGGGGCUCCUGCUCGGCUCUGUGCUCCUCGUGGCUUCAGCCCCGGCCACUCUGGAGCCUCCCGGCUGCAGCAACAAGGAGCAACAGGUCACCGUCAGCCAUACCUACAAGAUCGACGUGCCCAAGUCUGCCCUGGUCCAGGUGGAGGCCGACCCUCAGCACCUCCGUGACAAUGGGGCUUCCCUCUUGGCUCUGGAGGAGGCUGGGGAGGAACAGAACAUCGUCUUCAGGCACAACAUCCGCCUGCAGACACCGCAGAAGGACUGUGAGCUGGCAGGCAGUGUCCAGGACUUCCUGGCUCGGGUGAAGAAGCUGGAGGAGGAGAUGGCAGAGAUGAGGGAGCAGUGUAGUGCCCAGCGAUGCUGCCAGGGAGCUGCCGAUCUGAGCCGUCACUGCAGCGGCCAUGGGACUUUCUCCCUGGUGACCUGCAGCUGCCACUGCGAGCAGGGCUGGGAGGGCGCCGCCUGCGAGCAGCCCGCCUGUCCCGGGGCGUGCAGUGGCCACGGGCGCUGCGAGGACGGGCGCUGCCUGUGCGACGAGCCUUUCGUGGGCGCCGACUGCGCCUACCCCGCCUGCCCCGAGAACUGCAGCGGCCACGGCGUGUGCGUGCGCGGCGUCUGCCGGUGCCACGAGAACUUCACGUCGGAGGACUGCAGCGAGCGGCGCUGCCCCGGCGACUGCAGCGGUCACGGCUUCUGCGACACCGGCGAGUGUUACUGUGAGGAGGGCUUCACGGGCCUCGACUGCGCCCAGGUGGUCGCCCCCCAGGGCCUGCAGCUGCUCAAGAGCACGGAGGAUUCCCUGCUGGUGAGCUGGGAACCGUCCAGUGAGGUGGACCACUACCUCCUCAGCUACUACCCCCUGGGGAAGGAGCUCUCCGGGAAGCAGAUCCAAGUGCCCAAGGAGCAGAACAGCUACGAGAUUCUGGGUUUGCUGCCUGGAACCAGGUACAUAGUCACCCUGCGCAACGUGAAGAAAGAUGUUUCCAGCAGCCCACAGCAUCUCCUGGCCACCACAGACCUCUCUGUGCUUGGCACUGCUUGGGUGACCGAUGAGACUGAGAACUCCCUUGAUGUGGAGUGGGAGAACCCCCCAACUGAGGUGGACUACUACAAGCUGCGGUAUGGCCCCAUGACAGGACAGGAGGUGGCAGAGGUCACUGUGCCUAAGAGCAGUGACCCCAAGAGCCGAUACGACAUCACUGGUCUGCAGCCCGGGACAGAGUAUAACAUCACAGUUGUCCCCGUGCGAGGAGAACUAGAGGGAAGGCCGAUUCUCCUGAAUGGCAGGACAGAAAUUGAUGGUCCAACCAAUGUGGUCACUGAUCGAGUGACAGAAGACACAGCGACUGUCUCCUGGGACCCGGUUCAGGCUGUCAUAGACAAGUACAUGGUGCGCUACACCUCUGCUGAUGGGGAGACCAAGGAGACAGCCGUUCACAGGGACCAGAGCAGCACCACCCUGACCGGCCUGAGGCCAGGAGACGCGUACAAAGUCUACGUGUGGGCUGAGAGGGGGAGCCAGGGGAGCAAGAAAGCUGACACCAAGGCCCUCACAGACAUUGACAGCCCCCAAAAUCUGGUGACUGACCGGGUGACAGAGAAUACGGCCACUGUCUCCUGGGACCCGGUGCAGGCUGCCAUUGACAGGUAUGUGGUGCGCUACACCUCUGCUGAUGAUGGAGAGACCAAGGAGGUUCCUGUGGGGAAGGAGCAGAGCAGCACCGUCCUGACGGGCCUGAGGCCAGGUGUGGAGUACACGGUGCACGUGUGGGCCGAGAAGGGGACCCAGGAGAGCAAGAAGGCCGGCACCAAAACCCCCACAGACAUUGACAGCCCCCAAAACUUGAUAACUGACUGGGUGACAGAGAAUACAGCGACUGUCUCCUGGGACCCGGUGCAGGCCGCCAUUGACAGGUACGUGGUGCGCUACACCUCUGCUGAUGAUGGAGAGACCAAGGAGGUUCCUGUGGGGAAGGAGCAGAGCAGCACUGUCCUGACGGGCCUGAGGCCGGGUGUGGAGUACAUGGUGUACGUGUGGGCCGAGAAGGGGACCCGGGAGAGCAAGAAGGCCGACACCAAGGCCCCGACAGACAUCGAUAGCCCGCAAAACUUGGUAACUGACUGGGUGACAGAGAAUACAGCGACUGUCUCCUGGGACCCGGUGCAGGCCGCCAUUGACAGGUACGUGGUGCGCUACACCUCUUCAAGAAAUAUCGACAGCCCCCAAAACUUGGUGACCAACCGGGUGACGGAGAACACAGUGACCGUCUCCUGGGACCCAGUGCAGGCCGCCAUUGACAGGUACAUGGUGCGCUACACCUCUGCUGAUGGAGACACCAAGGAGGUUCCUGUGGGGAAGGAGCAGAGCAGCACCGUCCUGAAGGGCCUGAGGCCAGGUGUGGAGUACACGGUGUAUGUGUGGGCCGAGAAGGGGACCCGGGAGAGCAAGAAGGCCGACACCAGGGCCUGGACAGAAAUUGACCCUCCCCGAAACCUUCGUCCAUCUGCUGUAACACAGUCUGGAGGGGUAUUGACCUGGACACCACCCUCUGCUCAGAUCGAUGGCUACAUUCUGACCUACCAGUUCCCAGACGGCACAAUUAAGGAGGUGCAGCUGGGAUGGGACUUCCAGAGGUUUGAGUUGCAAGACCUUGAGCAGGGCAUCACCUACCCUGUGUCCCUGGUUGCCUUCAAGGGUGAUCGCCAGAGCAGGAGCGCAUCUACUACCCUCUCCACAGUUGGCGCCCGAUUCCCACACCCUUUGGACUGCAGUCAGGUUCAGCAGAACAGCAACGCUGCCAGUGGCCUCUACACCAUCUAUCUGCAUGGUGAUGCCAGCCGGCCCCUGCAGGUGUACUGUGACAUGGACACGGAUGGAGGCGGUUGGAUUGUCUUCCAGAGGCGGAACACCGGCCAGCUGGAUUUCUUCAAACGUUGGCGGAGCUACGUGGAAGGCUUUGGGGACCCCAUGAAGGAGUUCUGGCUUGGACUUGACAAGCUACACAAUCUCACCAUGGGCACUGCUACCCGGUAUGAGGUGAGAGUGGACUUACAGACUGCCAAUGAGUCUGCCUAUGCCAUCUAUGAUUUCUUCCAAGUGGCCUCCAGCAAGGAGCGGUAUAAGCUGACAGUUGGAAAAUACAGAGGCACGGCAGGGGAUGCCCUUUCCUAUCACAAUGGAUGGAAAUUCACAACUUUUGACAGAGACAAUGAUAUUGCACUCAGCAACUGUGCCCUGACGCAUCAUGGUGGCUGGUGGUACAAGAACUGCCACCUAGCUAACCCCAACGGGAGAUAUGGGGAGACCAAGCACAGUGAGGGGGUGAACUGGGAGCCCUGGAAAGGACAUGAAUUCUCCAUUCCUUACGUGGAGUUGAAAAUCCGCCCUCAUGGCUACAGCAGUGAUCGUGUGCUGGGCAGAAAGAAGCGGACGCUGGGAGGAAAGACGAGGACACUCUGA